AUGUCGAGCAUUGAUGAUAUUUUCAAGAAACCAUCCCACCCCUCAAAUAUCAAACGAAAGCUCGAGCCGGCGCGAGAUCCAACUGAGAUAUACAAGGCCGCGAAACUCGACGCCAAUGGAGACACUAUAAGAGGCAAAGAACCAACAGUUGAGGAUGCGGAAGACGAUGAUGUCGCCGGUCCUGAACUUCCGCCAGACUUUGAAGAGGAUAUCCCGGAUGACGAGGAGGGUAGAUUUUUUGGAGGUGGUGUAACGAAGGACACCACCAAUGCCCUUGACUACAUUGACAAACAUGAGAAUGAAGGAGCUGCGUCACUGAUCGUCCACCUGUACUCUUAUAUGGAUGAAACAUCUAACGGAUUGGCUAGGUUCAUGGCUUCUGAGGCCGAUUUGGAUGUUGAAAUCAAAACCCUUUCAAUCUUAUCUGAGCAUCCAAAGCUGUAUAACGAAUUUGCUGAACUUGGUUGCGCUGGUUCACUGGUUUCCCUACUAACCCAUGAGAAUACGGAUAUUUCAAUUGAUGCGAUAGAAAUACUCGGUGAGCUCAUUGACGAGGAUGUGGAAGCCGAGGAAGAUCAGUGGGAUGCCAUUGCAAACUCUAUGCUGGAUGCGGAUAUACUUGAACUUUUAUCACAAAAUCUUGCACGAUUAAAUGAAGAAAAUGAGGUAGACAGGGCUGGUAUAUACCAUAUCCUAAAUAUCCUGGAGAGUUUGUCCUCGAGAGCAUCCAUCGCAGAUCGGAUCGGACAGGAGUCAGGCAUCAUGCCUUGGCUGCACGAGCGCAUAUCAAGGAAAGAGAAAAGAGUAUCCCAAAAUAAACAGUAUUCUGCUGAGAUUCUUGCUAUACUGUUACAAUCUUCGUCAAAAAAUCGACUACGAUUCAUCAGCCUAGAGGGAGUUGAUACGUUGCUCCAGUUAUUGAGCGUAUAUCGAAAGCUUGACCCCCAAAAAGAUUCCGACGAAGAAGAGUAUUUUGAGAAUUUAUUCGAUUGUUUGACUUGUGUGGUAGAUGAGGAUGAAGGUAAAGACAAGUUUAUUGAAGCGGAGGGGAUUGAACUUGCACAAAUUAUGCUCCGCGAAGGCACACUAAGUAAGCCACGAGCUUUACGUGUUCUGAAUCAUGCCCUUGGUGGACGAGGAGGUUUACGGGCAUGUGAAAAGUUUGUUGAAGCCGGGUUGCUCAGAACGGCAUUUGGCAUGUUUAUGAAGAAGCAAGAUAAAUCGCUUACGGAACAUCUUCUGGGAAUAUUCUCAUCAUUGCUAAGGCUACUUCCUGGUGACACGUCUGGUAGAAUUCGAACGUUAGCAAAGUUCGUGGAGAAAGACUAUGAAAAGGUUACGAGAUUAAUCAAACUACGGCGAGAGUAUAAGUCUAAACUCUCCGUUGUAGAACAAGAUAUCAACCAAGAAAAGAGCAGUCUCAGUCAAGAUGACCUUGACGCUUUGGAGGGAGAAUGGUUAUCUCGCAGACUUGAUGCCGGACUUUUCUCUCUACAGACCAUAGAUGUAAUCCUUGCGUGGCUUGUCGCUGAGGAUGACGGUGCAAAAGCCAAAAUAAAGUCGUUGAUGGCCGAUCAAGACGAAGACCUAGGUGUCAUCCGCGGUACGCUCCAAGGUUAG